AUGGCUAGAAGAAGAUCCAGAGGAAACAUCUCCUGCAAAGGCAACACCUCCUGCAGAAACAAAAUCUCCAGCAGACGCAACAUCUCCCGCUCCACCAGAGCAGAGCUUCAAUUUCCUGUUAGCCGGGUAGACCACUACCUGCGAGAGGGCAAGUAUUCCCGCCGCCUGAGCUCUUCUGCACCAGUAUUCCUAGCCGGUGUGCUUGAGUACAUUGCAUCUAACAUCCUUGAUCUGGCUGGUGAGGAGGCUCACACCAACGGCAGGAAGCGCAUCACCCCAGAACACGUGUAUCAAGUGUUAGAGAACAACGAGCAGCUCCACGAACUCUUCGGAGACCCCAGAUCUAUGGAUGAAGAGACAUCAGAACUCAAUGAGAACUAA